GUUUUACAAAAUAAGGUUCCGAAGGUCAGUCCUUACCGCGCAUGCGCCAACUUGAUAUGUACGGAAGAGGCGCAGCAGCGUGUUGAGUGGUAUAAUCUGAAAUGUUCAAACACGUUUUUCUGACAGGACCUCCAGGUGUGGGGAAAACCACUCUGGUCCAGAAGGCUUGUGAAGCCUUAGUGUCAUCAGGAGUGGGAGUGGAAGGGUUUUACACAGAAGAGGUCAGGGAGGGAGGCCGGAGAGUCGGCUUUGAUGUGGUCACAGUGACAGGAGAGAGGGGCCACUUGUCCAGAAUCAGAGAUGGCCCCGGUUCAUCUCAUGGCAGACGGGAAUACACAGUUGGGCAGUAUGUGGUUGACUUGCCUUCAUUUGAAAACCUGGCUCUUCCCCUCUUCAGAAAUAUAGGGUCAGUGAAUGGGGGCAGCAGGAAGGUGUUUGUCAUUGAUGAGAUUGGCAAAAUGGAGCUCUUCAGCCAGUCGUUCAUCAGGUCAGUGAGACAGACUUUAGAUAGCUCUUCCUGCACCAUCCUGGGCACCAUCCCCAUCCCCAAGGGUAAACCGCUGGGUCUCGUGGAAGAGGUGCGGAGCAGAAGAGAUGUCAAGGUCUUCACUGUGUCAAAGGAAAACAGAAAUGCUAUUCUACAAGACAUUUUAGCAGCACUACAAAACUGCCUCAAACAAACAACCUAAUGUGGAGAUCCAGAGCCUUUAAGAGGGGGAAAACCCUGCAGUUCAUGAGUAUUUUUGUGCUGACAGCUAGGUUUUAUUUGUGUCAGUACAUACAGCACACACAGCCAGACUGCUGAGUGGAUGCACACACGCUUCAUCACAGGGUUGUGGCCUAACCUGAAGGGCAUACCAAGCUGCUGGAAGAGUUAGUGUGUCACAUGCAUGUAUUUAUGUACGCUAUUCAUUUUUUUCCCCUCAUACGGCUUUAAAAUGGAUUGCAUGCUGAAUAAUAGAUUGUGAGAUGGAACACAGCAGGGGAAUUAUUCAGUUAGCGUCUAAAUGCUGUGUGCUUUCAGAGUCAACGACUGUUACUCCUCAGAACCAGUCUGUUUUAUUUUUAUUAUGGCUGUUGGUCUUAAGCAUUCAUUUGUUCAUGAAGACUAGUGGUGUUAGUUUUUAAUAAAUGGGCAAACAGCAGUGUUCCUCUUUGCUCAUUUAGUUCUUUGCUGUGUAAGCCUCCAUUGUGUUUGUCUUGUCAACCUGAGGAUGUGCUCAUUGAAAACCAAUCAAUAUUUAACGGUGCAGCUACGACCAAUCCUUUCAUGGUUUAUUCAUCCACCUGAAUGAACGGAAAAAUUGAAAAAUAAACUGUUUUUGUUUCUCGACAACAA